AUGACAAAUGAAGGAAUGGCAGUAUUAGAAUCGAAAGUAAUUGAAUAUUUUUGGGAUAAAGGUCAUCAAUAUUACAAUACUAACAAUGAAGUUGAAGAUGGUGAAACAAUUCAAAAGGAGCCUGAACCUGAUUCAUCUAAUAAAGAAUAUAAAGGUAGUUAA